AUGGGUAGAUCACCUUGUUGUGACAAAGAUGGCCUCAAGAAAGGCCCGUGGACUCCUGAGGAGGAUGCUAAGCUCGUUCGGUAUGUUCAGACACACGGCCCGGGAAAUUGGAAAGCCCUUCCCAAAAAUGCCGGGCUCGAAAGAUGUGGGAAGAGUUGCCGACUCCGGUGGACGAAUUAUCUUAGGCCCGAUAUAAAGAGAGGAAGGUUCUCAUUUGAGGAAGAAGAAACCAUAAUUCAACUCCAUAGUGUUCUUGGCAACAAAUGGUCAGCAAUCGCGGCCCGUCUGCCUGGAAGAACCGACAACGAGAUCAAGAACUACUGGAAUACCCACAUUCGAAAGAGGCUUCUCAAAACGGGUAUCGACCCAGUUACCCACGGCCCGCGGCUAGACCUACUCGAUCUAUCGUCCCUCCUCACCUCCCCUCCGGCUCUCAACCUCCCGAGCCUCCUCCAACUUGCAUUGAGUCUCGUCUUGCAAAACAAGAGCCCACCAGUAGUCGACCCGACCCAUCCCCACCACUCGAGCCCACUCUUCCAACCUAACCGGUUUGAAAAUAUUAUCACGGCACAACAAACCCACCCAUCAAACCUAGCAACUUCCUCUUUUCUCAAUGCAUUCCAGUCGGGGUUUCCCGUCGGACACACGGACGACCCGACAGGCCAAAUAAUUCACGAUAAUUUAACAACAACGACAGUUGUUACUACAAUCGAUGAUCAUAGCCUACCGACUGAUUACUCGAGCAUUCGGUCGUGGGACAAUCUGGGGUUCGAUGGCUCGGUUUUGUCAACUCCGAACACGUGUAGCCCGACAACUCCAUUGAACUCGGGACCUGCGUUUAUCGAUGGCGGCGUGGAGGAUGAGAGGGAGAGUUUUUGCAGUAGCUUGUUGAGGUUUGAGAUUCCAGAGGGUUUGGAUUUUGAGGAGAUUAUUAUGAGAGAUUUUUGA